AUGGCUCAGUGCUCCUGCUCGCAUCAAAAUCCAGAAUCCCCAUCGGCACCUGACAAGACCCAGAUGAUUCCGGUCAACGGUGCCAAUGGCGUGAAUGGUGCCAGUGCCAACGGUGUCAACGGACACGUCCACCCUAGUGAAUUACAGCGGAGGAAUCCGUAUGGACCCCGCGCAUCAGAUUUUUUAAGCAACAUAUCGAAUUUCUCCAUCAUCGAGAGCACUCUUCGAGAGGGCGAGCAAUUUGCUAACGCCUUCUUCGACACCAAGACAAAAAUCGCUAUCGCAAAGGCUCUUGAUGCAUUCGGUGUCGAGUACAUCGAGCUCACCUCCCCCGCCGCAUCUGAGCAGUCGCGCGCUGAUUGCGAGGCAAUCUGCAAGCUCGGUCUCAAGGCCAAGAUUCUUACCCACAUUCGAUGCCACAUGGACGAUGCUCGCAUCGCUGUCGAGACUGGUGUCGAUGGUGUCGAUGUCGUGAUUGGCACAUCUUCAUUCUUGCGCGAAUUCUCCCACGGAAAGGACAUGACGUACAUUACUAAGACUGCCAUCGAAGUUAUCACCUUCGUCAAGUCUAAGGGCAUUGAAGUCCGCUUCUCUUCAGAAGAUUCCUUCCGCUCCGACCUUGUCGAUCUGCUUUCCAUAUACCAGACCGUCGACAAGAUCGGUGUCAACCGUGUAGGUAUAGCCGACACCGUUGGAUGCGCGAACCCCAGGCAAGUUUACGAUCUCGUCCGUACCCUCCGCGGCGUGGUUGGUUGUGAUAUUGAGAUUCACUUGCACAAUGACACCGGCAUGGCAAUCGCUAAUGCUUAUUGCGCGUUGGAGGCUGGUGCAACACACAUCGAUACCUCCGUCCUUGGCAUUGGCGAGCGUGUCGGUAUCACGCCACUUGGCGGUCUCGUAGCAUGCCUGUACGCUGCCAACCCUGAAUACGUCAAGGCCAAGUACAACCUCCCCAUGCUGCGCGAGAUUGAAAACCUCGUCGCAGAGGCAGUAGAGGUCAACGUGCCUUUCAUGAACCCGAUCACCGGCUACUGUGCUUUCACGCACAAGGCUGGUAUCCACGCCAAGGCGAUUUUGAACAACCCCAGCACAUACGAGAUUUUGAAGCCCGAAGACUUUGGUCUCACCCGAUACGUGUCGAUCGGACAUCGUCUCACUGGCUGGAACGCUGUCAAGUCAAGAGUCGAGCAGCUCGGACUCAACCUCACCGACGAAGAGGUCAAGGAUGCAACUGCCAAGAUUAAGGAGCUCGCUGAUGUCCGUACGCAAUCUAUGGACGAUGUUGACUCCCUGUUGCGUGUAUACCACUCCGGCAUCCAGUCUGGAGAACUCGCAGUCGGUCAAAAGGAGGCGCUUGACCGAUUGCUUCAGCAGCAUCGCGAGUCCUCGAGAGAACGUCAGCAGCCAGAGGCUGUUGCUGCAGCAGCAUAA